GAACUAUUUAUUCGAACAUUUUAUCAUGAUGUUGAAAUUACAUAUUUUCACCCAUUAAAUACUUGUAAAUAAUUCAGGUCAUUUAAAUCUCUUAAAUAUCUUAAUAACCCAUUGAUAUUGACUGAAAAUUACCUAUUGUUUAUUGUUAUAAAAUUCGACACUAAACAUACCCAUAUGUUGACAUCGGAACGGAGGUAUUUCAGAAGUACAUAAAACUCUUAAAUGUGAGAAAAACAAAAAUAAAGGUACUUCAAAGCUUUCACUGCAACAAAUCAUUUGUAAAUAUAAAACUCAAUAAAUUUUGAUAAAAAGAACGGAAUUGACAAUUUUUCAAUAUAGAUAAAAAAAAAGAGAAAAAAGAGAUUUAAGAGAUUCGAUAAUUUAAUCAAUAGGGUUUAAACGUUUUAAACAGACACUUUGUGAUAACGUGAGUAAAACAGAAUUACGAGAAAUAAGUUAUGUAAAGUGAGAACAGGAUUUGGAGAGAACAACUUUGAAUGGCUACGGGCCGGUCAGGGAACGAAGGGAAGCUGAUAGAGGCAGCCAGGAGGUGUGACGGCAAGACUUUGGAGGCUUUGGUAAAAGAGGGCAAGGUCAAUCUAAAUGUUAAGGAUAAGGUUGGUUGUACGGCAGUGCAUCUGUGCUGUAAAUCAGCUGAUCUUGUCGCUCUCUCACUGUUGUUGGAACAUGGAGCAAGAACGGACAUUUUCGAUAACUCUGGUAUGGCCCCAAUCCACUACGCUGCAAUGAAAGACUACAUAGAAACUAUGGCGGUGCUUGUUUCAUACGGAGCUGAUGUCAACAUUCAGAGUGUCAAUACUAAGCAGACUCCGUUGCAUAUGGCUUCUCUGAACAAAAAUACAAGAUCAAUCAAUUUCCUUUUGUACUGUGGUGCAGACACAGAAAGAACAGACAAGUCAGGAAAUAUUGCUGACCUUGACCUUUCAAAGGAAGAACGUCACCAUCAUGAACAUGUGAGAGCUGCCUUCAGAGAUGGACAUAUCAAGGUAUUUGGGAAAAUGAUUAACAGCUACGAAAGAUGGAAGUUCAAAUCUGUUGGAAUGUCGGUUUCAAAUACAAGCAUGAAAUGUAAACAAUUCUCGCUUUUCUGUCGAAAAAUGCUUGUCGCCAACAAUGUGAUGAAUGUGAAAGCAAAAUCUGGUGUAAGUUCCUAUCUGAAAGAUGGAAUAGAAUUAGUAAGUGACAUUUACGAGUAUCUUGUGAAUCAAGCGGUUGAGGAGGUCUGCAUUUCGGUGCCGGUAUAUACAGCAUCUACCGACUUUGACACUGUUUAUAUCCUUGAUAGUACGGGUUCAAAGAUCUUUACAGAAAUGAAGUCAGAGAAUGAGACCCUGUACUGUUCUGCAUGGAUGACGCUAAAGGCAUAUGAAGAUACAGUUUAUUCAUUUGCUGUGGUCAUGGAAACAAAAUCUGAUACAUUCACGGUGACGGGUAUGGCUCAGACAUUAACUUCAUCUGUAAAAAACGAAUUCAAAGUACAGCUACCAGAAGGAUGUUUACCGAAAAACUCCGAAGUAUCUGUAAAGGUCAUUCCAACAACGGAAUACCAAACUACUUUAAACACAGAGCUUAUAAAAUCAACCUCACACUUUUGCGAAGUCAAAAUCAAUCAGAAGAAUAGACGAGCACUUGCUAUUACGUUACCGGUACCUUCUGGAGUACACACUUCCACAGCGGACGAUACAGAAGUGACAGUUUUUCAUAGUGAUGAAGCGACACAAACACCAUCUGACUGGAAGGAGAUAGACUCUAUAUGGAGACCAGGGUCAAGUCAUGUUACAGUCACAGAUAAAUCAAUAAAUAGAGGAACAUGCAUUGUCACUGAAGUUCCAAAGAAAAAAGGAAACAACAUACUAUACAAAAUUAAAGAGUUUGUUGCCUGGCUGUACGACACUGCUUUCAAAAGAAAAGCAAACGUGUGUUUCUUUGCAGUAACUAAAUACUGUUCAGAGGAAACAUAUAGACUUUUAGUAGGAAUAAGUGAUGCAAUAAUGGUAAACGAACAUCUAAAAACGAUGGAGGAAAAAAACUAUAUUGGGGAAUAUUCCCAAAAAUCUUCAGAUUAUUUAAUAACACCUGGAUCGAAAUUUGAUGCGUGCUGGAACUCUGUUACCGAAAGUGCUAAAGGUUCUUCAAGUGUCUCGCUUAUUUACCAGAGACAAACACUGUCUCAUCAAGACUUUGUUGUAACUGGUAAAGAACAUGAUUUUCUCCAAGUGACGAUAUUUAAACGUCAGAAUGGAAAUGUUGGAGAAGAGGAUGAAAAGAGGCGCCCUUUUACUCAAAUUAAUGUUGAACUUCUCAUUAAACAAGCUGAGAAAGUUCAAGAUUCAAAUUAUUCAAGCCUUCUAUUUACAGAGUAUCCAGACAACAGGUUUUUGUCCUGGUUGGCACAAGAAAUCGGUCAUGAAUGGAUGAUAAUUGGAAUUGGCCUCGGUCUAAAAUUUAGCUAUCUUGAGAGUAUUGAAAGAGACAACACUCCGACAAAGACAAAUCUUACGAUGCUGUACACUUGGAGAACAGAUCAAAGUCCUAAAGAAGAUCUUGGAUUGACAGCUUUGCUUCACACCUUAGCUCUGGCACAAAGAAAAGAUCUUGUUACAAAAAUCAACAAAGAAGUUCAGGAAUUACUGACGACAAAACCUCGUGAACGUGUGUGUAGAUGGAUUCAAAAACUAUCAGAUCAAGCGAAACAGAUGGAACCAGAUACAGAGGAAGGAUUAGACGAUGUAGAUGGCACCUUUAAGGAACAAGAACCUGACUGCAAGGAUUCACAUAGUGAUCGGUUCUGUAUCAAUUGUCUCACUGAACCAGAACAAGCUGCAUCCCCACUGUCGGAAAUAUUUUUGGUUCACAUAGCUACAAUUAUGGGUUCGAACUUACAACUGAUCCUUCAGCUGGGCUUGCCACAGUCUGUUAUCAAUGAAAUCAGACACACUAUACGAGAACCAACAUCAGCAAUGUUUAAGUGUCUGCUGCUUGCCCAGAGGCGAUACCAUGACAUAGUAGAAUUCUUUAAAGAUUUAAUGGAGGGACUAAAGAUGCAAGGGAAUAUACAGACAGUUCGAGCCAUAAAAGACGAAUGUAAAAACUGGUUUAAGAUAAAUAGGUCGUCCGUGGAUAAACAAGUGAGGAAACUAGAACAGGUUAUGGACAGAUAUUGAAAUAUUUAUAUCAAGGCGAUGACCGCAAAUUAUUUGUAUAUCUGAGAUGUGUUGUAAUAGCCAGGUUUCACAAGACGGCACUGAGAAAUACGGUCAAGCCACAUGUCGCUGCUAUAAACAUUUAUUUGUACUUAUAACUUAUAUUACGUAACCACAUACAUGAAAAAAACGGAAAGGGACUUAAUGAUUGCAGUCCCUUUUCACUGGCAAAUUCAUACAAUAGAUACUUUUAUUGAAUACUUAUUGUAGUCCUAUUUUAGUGAACUUUUGGCCACGGCCAUUCUAAACCACUGUCACAAACAACCUGUACAAAAAUUUUGGAAUCGUCUAAUUUUGGUACACCAUAUUCGCUUUGUAUCCAGUGUGUUUUUGAUACCGUAUUCGCAUCUCUUCCAAAUAAAUGGGGACUCCUUUUGUCCACUCGUAACGCACCUUGACAUGGUCUGUAGGCACCCAGAGUAGUACUCUGGCAGAAUGUUCUACAUAUUCUUCCGCACGAAUCGUAUGCAGAAAGUAGUAAUUCCGAGGGUUUUACGUCAGGUGUUCUAAUUGCAAUAUACACAAUUGAUGACGUAACUGAAACAUCAUUCUUCACGUGUGCAAUUUCUUUAUAAAGACCGCGAUAGUUCAGACCAUUUGACUCAACAUAAACACUUAAAGGAAGGUUAUUUUUUUCGCAUUUUGGAUAUACUGCAGCCGACAAUUUAUUACCAUUGCUUUGAUUCUUAUUGUUCUUUUUUACAAUUACAUUCAAUGGUAGAUAGGACCAUGCAUUUGUAUUGGUUACGCCAUCUAUAUUAAAGUUGUUGACGUAA